AUGAUGAAAGUAUGGGCUCCUGCCAAUAAUAUGGUGAUUAGGGUUAUUGGACCGAAUCUCUUUGCUUUCCAGUUCUUCCAUUGGAGGGAUAAGGAGAAGGUGUUAAUGGGGCGCCCGUGGUGUUGGGAGAACCAUCUGGUGGUGUUAAAGGAGGUUGCAGGAGAUGAACAACCGGAAAAUGUUAUCCUUGACCGAUCGCCGUUCUGGGUUAGGGUUUGCAAAUUACCUUUCAAUUGCAGGUCCAACGCUUAUGUGAAGGCGCUUACGGCAGGCGUUGGUGAGUUUCUUGACAUUGAGGAGGACGUGUUAGGGCUUGAUCGUUAUCGACAAAUCAAAUUAAUGAUCGAUAUAACUAAACCUAUACGGCGUAACCAGAAGUUGAAGGAUAGGAGAGGGAGGGAAGUGAUGGUCGAAUUUAAGUACGAGAGACUCCCUUAUUUCUGUCUCGCGUGUGGGAUUAUUGGACAUUCGGAGAGGGACUGCUUGAAUGUGCCAGAAGAAGACAAGAAAAAGGAGUUGGGAUGGAGCCUGAGCUUGCGAGCCUCGCCAAGGAAAGGACGCUCAAAAGAAAUGGAGGAGCUUGCCACGAUCUCGAAGGGCCGGACACAACUAUUUGUGACUAGGGAGCAAGCUAGCUCCCCUAAAGUAGACCAACCUGGUUUACAAGUGAUCAACUUGGGCCAGGCAGAAGAUAAGGUAGAAGGGAGCAAGGCCACCUUCGCGGUGGUUAUGGGUCAACAAGCAGUGCAGAAGGAGGAGCCACGAAGAGUAGAAGAGGUCACUGCAGGUACUGAUGAAAAUCAAGUGGCACUUGCCCUGGUACUGAGGAUUCAGGGAAUCUGGGGGGGUAAGAAGUGGAAGCGGGCAGGUAGGGCGGGUAAAGGAAUAUCAGGAGAUGGAGUUCUAGGAGGGGAUCAAAAGAGAGGUUUGGAUGCAGUUGAUAUGGAGAUUGAGGAUGGCGAAGGAGGGAAUGAGAAACGCAAUAAAUUAUCUUCUCACGUUACUCUACAGCCUAACAAAUCGGCGGAGGUUGGGGAUGCCCAACCCCACCGGUCCCAAUGA